GUAAUCUGCUAUAUAUUUGUAUUUAAUAAUGGGUUCUGACAGUGAAGAUGAUGUUAUUGGUCCUCCGAUCCCAGAAAUGUAUAAAACUACCUCCAUCCCAAUUGUUAAUGAAAAAAUUCCACAAUCAACACAACCAAAAGACAAUCAGUCUGAGAGCGAAUCAGAAGAAGAAUUUGUUGGACCACCUAUUCCAGAUAUUUAUAAAUUGAACGUACAAGAAUCAGGCAGUCAUCAUGGCAGUAAGACUAUUAAUGAAAACAAUUCAAAGGUUAGUCAACCUAUGAGUAGGCCUACUAAGAGCUUAGAACAACAUAAGAAACUUGGAGACCACAAAGAUUUGGAUUCAAAUGAUAGCGAUAUGAGUGAAUCUGAAGAUGAAAAUGACAGUGUCCUAAUUCCUAUUAGUGAGGAGUUAACUAUAAAUCAUGGAACCAAAGCCGUUGUUGCUCUUGCUGUAGAUCCCGCAGGAGCCAGACUAGCAAGUGGAUCAGUAGAUUACGAUGUUAAAUUUUGGGACUUUGCGGGUAUGGACAGCAGCCUACAGAGUUUCCGAUCAAUGACACCAUGUGGGAACUAUCCAAUAAAAACCGUUCAGUAUUCCUCUACUGGAGAUGCUGUGCUCAUAGUGUCCGGAAUGUCACAAGCAAAAGUGUUGGACAGAGAUGGACAUGAAUUGAUGGAGUGUGUGAAGGGCGAUCAGUAUGUAGCUGACAUGGCAAGAACUAAAGGUCAUACUGCUCCUUUAACCAGUGGUUGUUGGCAUCCUAAAAUUAAAGAUGAAUUUCUAACAGCCUCCGAAGAUGGUACUUGCCGACUUUGGGACGUUAAUAAACCUUUCCAUCACAAAAGUAUCAUCAAAUGUAGGGCAAAAAAUGGAUUGAAGACAGCUCCGACAGCCUGCGCCUUUAGUCGAGAUGGAAAUAUGAUUGCUUGUGCUUGUGUUGAUGGAUCGAUACAAAUGUGGGAUCAUCGAAAAAUGUUUGUAAACACAUCCUUACUGCUCCGAGACGCACAUCAGUCAGGAACAGAGACUUCCUGUAUUGCUUUUUCAUACUUGGGAAACUGGAUUUCAACAAGGGGAUGUGACGACACACUAAAACUAUGGGAUUUAAGAGCUUUCAAAAAGCCACUAGCGACGGUUACUGGAUUAUUCUCAAGGUAUCCUACGACAGACUGCAUGUUUAGCCCAGAUGAUAGCAUGAUAGUUACGGGACAAUCCAAAAACCGAGAGGAAGCAACUGGUAAGCUUCUCUUUUUUAAUCGAACCAAUUUAGAGAAAAUAAAAGAAAUUACGGUGACAGAUUCCCAUGUUAUUAAGGCAGUAUGGCAUCCAAAACUGCAACAAAUAUUUGUCGGCACAGGAAACGGUAUUGUCAAAGUCUACUAUGAUGACACAAAAAGCAUUAGGGGUGCAAAACUGUGUGCUUCAAAAACACGGAAGAAAACCAAACAAGUUGAAGUCGUUGCAGCUCAACAAAUCAUUACUCCUCAUGCUCUACCGAUGUUUAGACAAGAAAAACCUAAAUCUAUCCGUAAGAAAAUGGAAAAAGAACGUCUGGAUCCAGUGAAAUCUCAUCGACCUGAUUUGCCAAUUAAAUCAGGCCAAGGGGGAAGAGUUGCUGCAUCAGGAAGUACGUUGAGUUCAUACGUGAUAAGAAAUCUUGGAUUAAGCAAGAAGAUAGAAGAUGAUCAAGAUCCGAGGGAAGCGAUAUUGAAGUUUGCCAAGGAGGCUGCUGAGGAUCCUUAUUGGAUUACACCUGCAUAUUCAAAAACACAACCAAAAACAAUAUUUCAAAAUGAAGGAAAAGAGGAUCAAGAAGAAGACGAACCAUCUGCCAAGAAAAAGAAGGUAUGAAAAAUUAAACGUAAACACUAGUGUGAUGGUUUCAUUAGUUAUCUAUCAUCAAGAUGUAAUUUUCUUUCAAAAUCUCAAUUAAACCUCUACCUAUUUAAGUUUAGAUAAUUUUUUAAUUGUACGUACAUUUGAAAUCAUUGUAGAAAGGAGUUUUUAUUAUUUUGAAACUUGAACAGUACCUAGAUCAAAAUAUUGUAAUGUAUAACUAUUGAAUUGACAUUAUUUACUGAAGGUAUAAAACUUGUAUGUAAACAUGUAAAUAUUAAAUUUAUAAGGAUUUAUUAAAUGCCAUGCAUCAGCCUGUAAUAUCAGAUUUUAGUUUAGGUUGAUAUUUUGAAUAAUUAGGCCUACUCAAUAGGCUACGUAUCAAUAACGUAUUUUGUAAUUUACUUCAGAGUUUUGAUUUCACAACUUUUGUAUGGACUACUGAACUCUUUCAUAUCAUCAAACAUUUUAUGGUAAUCAUUGUCAAGCAAAAUGUACUUAUUAUAACCAUUAGAGUAUAUCAAAAAACAUUUCUAUCAAACUGCAAAUUAACUUGUAUAAAUUUGUUAAGACUUAAAUUAGCCUACUGUAAUUGUUGUUGCUGCAACACAGUUUUUUUAGUGAGAUAAUUUAGGACCAAUUCUCAGGUACCUAAAAGAGAUUUGUUGUUUCUUAAAUUAAAAGCCUUGCAGCAAAUAAUGU